UGAAGACGUGUACGCGCUGCUGCUGGCUGGCAUAGUUGAAAUUACACAUUUUACCCAAAAUGAAACCACAGAUGUGAGACAUUGUCCAGAAUGAGUUGGUUUGAAACAGGGGGGCUUACCAAUUUCGCCAAAUCAGCCCUAUCUACCGCUCAGAAGUCCAUCGAUCGGGUUUUAGACAUUAAACCUGAUGACAUCGAGGGCGAUCCGGGAGGGCGACAGCAGGCGGGGGCGCGGACGUCGACAUCGACGCGGUCAGCAUCGCGGAAUGACAAGUCGACAGGCUUCUCAACUCGUUCUAAAAAUGAUACAUUGUCGCCAACAUCAUCUAAGACAAACAUUAAGAGUGAUGACAGCUUCUUCAGUGCUUUCUUGAAUGAUCCCACUCCAUCAAAGUCAUCUGCUGGUAAGACCAAGACAAGCAGAACACCCGGCAGAGUGGCUGCCUUGAACUCAAACACAAAGAAAGCCCAGAGGCAGAAAUCAGUGGAUGAUGUGACGACACCUGAGAGACAAGAGACUGACAAGAAUGAAGUCAGUGAGGUUGCACAGCAGCCUAGGGGGAACAGAGUUCAGUCGGAGGACAUUUCUGUCGGUCAGGUUCCUUGCGAGGUAGAUGCAGCAGUGCUAGGGAAUGAGAACAGAUCCUCAUCCGUCCCUGUUGAGGAGAAACCAAUCGAAACGGGGUCUACUAGUUUGUUGGACCAGUCGUUGGAACCCCUCGAAAUCUCAAUCACUGAAGCAGGAGACAUGACAGGUUCAACGUCCUCAUUUGUCCCAAUUUCCAAGGAGGACGUUGAGGACUACCAGCCGGCUCCCGUCUCGCCACAAUCGGUGGACGAUCUCAUGAGCGUCUCUCAGACUGAACUCCGUGAGGAGUCUGAAAAUCAGGAGCAGGAAUCAGGCAAGAAGGAGCCCGACGAAGUGGAGACUGAAAUUAAGAAAGAAUUCGCCGCCAAAAACCGGGACGGUUCGCCCACAGACGUGAAAUCGGAACACUCAGUGGAAACCAACCCAGAGAGCCAUGCCACAUCCAGCAGUAGUGACUUUGUCGUCAUCAAUGAGUUUGCCGGCAGCGAGCAGUCGUCGCUCUGCAACUACGAUACCAGGGAAUCGCCUGACAAUCAGUCCCCGAAGCAUUUCUCAUCUUCCUCCAACGGGAAAAGGAGCCCCGACAGUGACUUUAGCAUCAUCUCCGAGGGGCGGUUUCACGAUGUGUCCGACGGAAGCCACCAGAUCCCUUCCCUGCUAGAUGAGGUACCGUUCAGCAGUCGUCGGGACUCCGCUGCCUACUCGGCGGAUGUCGAAUCAGAAGACCAAGACGAAAGGGAGGUGUCGGCCUUCGAUUCCUCCUUCAAGUCACUCGGAAGCAGCGACGAGUUACGAGAGGGGAGCAGAACUCCCACCCAAGAAGAAAGGCAAGGCUCAGAUGCAGUGGUACGCAAAGAAGAAGAAGCUCCUUGUGAAAACACACCGAGACCUGUCGCUGUUGCAAAUGCAGCUGAUGCAGCUAACACAAAUACAGCUGGGAUGGACCAGACACAUGGUGACGGCCCAGAGCUAUCCCAGAAUCCAUUGCAACCAGAAACGUUGCUGAAGAAACUUGCUGACAUGGCUCAAGUCUUACAGGCCAGGGAAGCUCAAACGAUGACCCUCAGCACCAAGAAUGCUGACCUGCAAGAAGCUGUCAACAUCUUGAAGAGUCAGUUGCAGCAGGCAGAGGAGGCGAGGGAGGCAGAGAUGACGGACGUCAACCAGCUGACGGAAGAGUUCACCCAGCGUAUAUCCUCCAUGGAGAAGAAACUGCAGGCCUCGCAGAAAGAGCGGGACACGCUGAAGCGAGAGGUGCAGAGACUGACCAGAGAAGUAUCCCUAAGAGACAGCAACAAUCAGACGGAGGCCGUCUUGAGGGAGAAAGACCAGACGAUACGGGACCUGAUGGCCGAGGGAGAGAAGCUGUCCAAGCAGCAACUGCAGAACUCCAACAUCAUCAAGAAGCUGCGCAGCAAGGAGAAGGACAACGAGACCGUGAUCAAGACGCAGACGGAACAACUGGACGAGGCGACGAAGAGAGUAUCUCACCUGGAAGAGGUCUUGGACGGCAAGGAAGAGCUGGAAAAACAACAAAAAGAUAUCAUCAAGAAGAUGAACAGCGCGGUGGAGCGCCAGGAGAAAGAGAUCAGCAACCUGCGCAUUGAGCUAGAGGACUCCACGGAGAAGACUCGAAGCACCCAGGCAGCGCUGGAUGCUUCUUACAAAGACCUGGCUGAGUUGCACAAAAACAUCGCCACCAAGGACAGCCAGGUGCAAGAGACUCAGCUGAGCGCUGAAAUGAACGCCAAGGAGGAGCUGAGGCUAGCCCUGGAGCGCAGCCAGCAGGAGGCGCGCAGAGAGCAUGAGUCCUUACUGCUGCAGGUGAGCGAUCUGCAGAUGUCGUUGAGCAGACAGGAGCAGCAACAUGCCCGCAAGGAGGGUCACCUGAGGCAGGAGAUAUCGGACCUGCAGAUGAGGCUGCAGGAGGCUGAGGCACGUAACCAGGAACUCAGCCAGAGCGUCAGCGCCGCAACUCGUCCACUGCUGCGCCAAAUCGAAAACCUGAACACCACCUUUAACGCCCAGUCAGGUAACUGGGAGCAGGUGGAGCGUAGCCUGACGGAGCGGCUGGCCGAGAGCCAAGCCCAGCUCGCCUCGGCCACCGAGAAGGAGCGCAGUGCUACGGAGUGUGCCCUGGUGGCCGAGUCCAAGCUGUCCUCUCUGGAGUCCCAGCUGGCCCUGCUGCGGCAGGACAAGUCGCGCCUGCAGGCCGGCCUGGAGAUGGAGCGGGCCAAAGUGGAAGCAUUGGAGGAAGGGAAGGAGAGAGACACAGCGCGCACAGAGGCCCAGCUGAGCACCUACACUAGAGCCUUAGAGGAAGCCCAGAGGGAGAAGGCACACUUGGAGAAACAGCUGGAGGUGGAGAAGAUGAGAGUAGAGGCGGAACGCCGCAAGCUGCUGUUGGCCCAGGAGGCCCUGAACGAGAAGGAGCGAAGGUUGACGCAGCAGGCGGAGGAUAGCAACAGUUCCCAUGGCAACCGCUCUGGAGCCAGCACCCCCGUUCACAAUCUGCCGAGCACUCCUGGUCCAUUCCACACCCCAACACAGGUUGACAUUUUGGAGCGGACCAUGUCCUGGUCGACCUCUGGGUCUCUGUAUGACAGCAUAGCAGGAGGGUCUGUUUCAUCGGUCAUUGAGGGCCUGCAGUCACAGCUAAAACAGAGAGAGGGAGAGAUAGCACAGCUGCAGGGGGAAAUCGUCCAGCUGGAGCGCACCCGCGCCUCCAUGGCCGAAGAGAUUGUCAAGCUGUCCAACCAGAACGAGACUCUGGACGAGCAGGCCAGGCUGGUGCCGGAGUACAAGAGGAAGCUCAUUGAGACCGAGACUCGUUACAAUGCCGUCCUGCAGAUGUACGGUGAGAAAGCGGAGGAGGUGCAAGAGCUCAAACUGGACCUGCAGGACGUCAAGGAAAUGUACAGGCAACAGAUCGAAGACCUUGUCAAUUCCUGAGCGAGGCAGAGGAAGACACCAGACACAGUGCAAUCUAGUCAACAAUUAUCAUCCCCCUAACACCCACUGAAAUUCUGCAGAAGUAUUGGAAAACAUCGCAGGCAAUUAGGUGUGAGAAGGUGUUCAAAGUGGCUUCAGCAAAAGAGGUGUUCACUUCGUCAGCAGUUAUCAGUAUAUUUCUAGAAAAUCAAACCAUUAAACGCAAGAGAGUUCCUAAACGGAUGGCUUUAAAAAAAAAGUGGCAAAUUUGGGCAGUCCCUUGUCCAAAGUCAAACUCUUGGCACAAAUUUGGGUUGAUUUCAUUUUUGGAGGGGAUUGCGGAUCUGUGGAACGAAUUCAAGGUACCCCAGUAGCACGUCACUGCAUUUCGUUUGGAGCUUGGGAUACCUUUACUUGCGUACAUAACAUCAGUGUAUGAGGAGGAUUAGCGCUGAAAAUGAAAAUGAUCUAUAUUAGAAACUAUUUGCCAAGGUUUUCUCUUUUUUUUUUUCUUGAUGAAACUCAGAAAUUUAAUGGCAUCCGGACUUCGGACGUACAUUCCCAAUUACUUUCUGUGUAACUAUCAUUGUCAAACUGUUUUGUGCCUUAAUUGAAGCAUGCAAAAUGGUUGUACAUAUGUAAUUUCAUCUUGUAUAUGCACCAACUAAUUCAUGGGGUUUUGUUUUGGUCAGUGCAUGUAUUUAACGAAAUAAGGUACUCCUGAAAGGAUUUGUUAUUUUGUGGGGUUUCUUUAUAACAAAUACUGUAGCACUUUGUUAUUUAUUAAUUUAAUUGCUUUUAUUUUUUUAUUAGAUUUUUUACGUUGGGACUUGGGACUGUGAUUAAACAAGUGACUCAACCUUUUAAGUGGGACAUGGAAUUAGGUAAAGAUUUUUUAAUCCAAGUUGAAGUUUUGAAAUUGAAAUGGUUUACCUCGAGCCACAAUUUAAACACUUUUACUCACUUGUGGGAGUAAAGAUUUUUCAAAUUAUAUUUAUUUUUCUUGUGUUUUUAAUAACUACGUUUUAUUUCUGCAAUAAUUGUUAGCUGUACAAUCUUUUGUGCGUGUGGUCAUACUUGAUAUCUAAUUAAAUAUAAAAGCUAUUUUUUUUAAAUUUCAAAUUCCAAUUCAAGAGUUGAUAGAACAGUAGAACCUACAUGUAGGGGGGAGAUAUUAACAUAGCAUGCAUGUGUAACGGCAGUCAGUCAUCUGUAAAGAAUAUCGGAACUGUUGAUCGUUCCUGUGGACUGGUGGAUUGAACAACAAAUCUCAACAGGAAUGCAUGAACACCACGUAGAUUAUGUCAUCACUCUUGAAGAAUUGUCAGGGUAAACCUCUGUCAUGGGGCAGCCAUCUUACUUUGCUACCUUUCAAAGCAAUGUAACCAAACUGAGGCUGGAAGGACAAAUAAACUGUUCCCUUUUAUUAA